UGUUGGAAGGAGCGCUUCUGAAUCAUCAUCCUCGAGCAUCAAGUGGACACUUCUAGCCACGGAACUGCGUAUUCUAUUCACUUCAACGAAGACGAAGAGCUCUUGAAUAAUUUUGAGACAGGAAACAAACUAGUAAUAUACUCUGCUGUCGUAUUUCUCAGUAAAUACCGGGUCAAACGCAGAGCCUACAAUAAAGAAAAAGGGAAAAACGUGACACUGGAGAAACAUCAAAGAAUAGUGUAAAGCCACCUGUCAGACUGUGAUCACAAUGGGAAGGAAAAAAAUACAAAUCUCUCGUAUCCUGGACCAGCGGAAUAGACAGGUUACUUUCACCAAGCGUAAGUUUGGCCUGAUGAAGAAGGCGUAUGAGCUGAGUGUGUUGUGUGACUGUGAGAUUGCCCUCAUCAUCUUCAACAGCACCAACCGUCUGUUCCAGUACGCCAGCACUGACAUGGACAAGGUCCUACUCAAGUACACAGAGUACAGCGAGCCUCACGAGAGUAGGACCAACACAGACAUAAUGGAGACUCUGCGGAGGAAAGGCCUGGGUCUGGACGGGACAGAGCUGCUGGACACUGAGGAGCCCAUGCAGGUUGCAGCAGAGAAGUUCGGUACACUAAGCGAGGGCAUGGACCUCUCCCUGGCCCGCCAGCGCUACUAUGCCCCCUCCCUGCUCUCACCCGAGGCCCAGUUCCUGGUGACUGCUAGCUGUGAGAAUGGAUACCCCAACUCGUCCAACCCCAGCCUGAGCUCCCACAGACCCCCUGCCUUCAAGCCACUGGGCCCCAGACCAGGCUCAGUCAGCCCUGCAGGGCCCCACAGCCACACUGCCUUCAUGUCUCCACACUCAGGUAUUGGCUACUCCAUGUUCUCCCAUGGCAACCUGAGCCGGGCCUUGGAGAUGAAGACUCCUCCCCCUUUGAACCUGGGCAAUGACAACCGGCGGGCAGAGAGCCACCCUGGUAUGGGUGGCAUUCGCGCCAACCUCAACAGUGCUAGAGGCAUACUGUACCAGGGCAUGCACCCAGGGAACCACAUGCUGACCACGGGGAAGGCAGGUCUGCUGGGCCAGAGUCUUGGGGGCUACGGCCUCUCUGCUGGACCAUCUGACUACAGCCACCCAGGUUUCUCCCAUGCUGUGAGUCUACAGCGUGGUACAGUGAACCUGUGGCAGACGGCACAACAGCAGGAGCAACAUGUACCCCACCUCAGCCCAGCGAUGUCCAGCGGAGGGUGCUCUUUUCCCUCUCAGGCCUCCACUCCCACCACUCCUCCUCAACCCUCCCUCAACCUCAGCAUCAAAUCAGAGCGAGCCUCCCCGGACCGCAUCUGCUCUGCGACCUCUCCGCCGCUGCAACAUCUGAGGCAGCACUCUCCAAUGAGCACCCCCGAUUCUGCUUGCCGCACUCCCCAGGAACCUUACCCAGCCAAUGAGAGAGAGGAAUUCCCCAAAGGAGGUUUUCCCUACCCGGCUCAGCAAGGGGCAGAGGAGAAAGGGGGGCUGCCCCUGAGGCAAUUAGAAAUUAGCGAUGGGUGGCAGAGAUAGUUGGCAGCGACUACCACACACCACCCACCCUCCUUCAAGCCAAAGCAAGCCUGCCACAUGGUUGCCCACUCACAGAGAGAGGAGGAUGGGGAGAUGAGGUUCAUUAAUUCACAUCAUCCCAGAGGAAAGAAAGACCCCCCUUAGAGCUGGGCUGGACUCUCCCUUGUGGGUGAUGGACAUGUGUCACUGCCUCUCUGAUCCUGAUAUAUUGCUGGGUGUGUUGUUGGGUUUUGUUGGUUUGUCUGUGUGUUGGGGUCAGAGGGUAUGUCAAACCACAUAUCAGUGUGGUUCUCUCAUCCUGUUUGAGCUACAGAGCAGAGGGUAAGGGAGAUUCAGUCAUUUAGCCAUGUUCUUAGAGCACUGUGUUUCAGAGUAGUACUUUACAUUCAGGUCCCCAGUUACAGUGCCUUCGGAAAGUAUUCAGACCCCUUGACUUUUUCCACAUAUUGUUAGAUUACAGUCUUAUUAUAAAAUUGAAUAUUUUUUUUCCAUCAAUCUACACACAAUACCCCAUAAUGACAAAGCAAAAACAGUUUUUUUGCCAUUUUUAACAUAAGAAUUCAGACCCUUUACUCAGUACUUUGUUGAAUCACCUUUGGCCGUGAUCACAGCCUUGUGUCUUUUUGGGUAUGAUGCAACAAGCUUGACACACCUGUAUUUGGGGAGAUUCUCCCAUUCUUCUCUAAAGGCCUGAUGGUGGAGUGCUGCAGAUCCUCUCAAUAUAUGUCAGGUUGGAUGGGAAGUGUUGCUGCACAGCUAUUUUCAGGUCUCUCCAAAGAUGUUAGAUCGGGUUCAUGUCCGGGCUCUGGCUCGGCCACUCGAGGACAUUCAGAGACUUGUCCAAAACACUCAUGCAUUGUGUUGGCUGUCUGCUUAGGAUCGUUAUCCUGUUGGAAAGUGAAUCUUCACCCUAGUCUGAGGUCCUGAGUGCUCUGGAGCAGGUUUUCAUCAAGGAUAUCGCUGUACUUUGCUCCGUUCAUCUUUGCCUCGAUCCUGACUCGUCUCUCAGUCAAUGCCGCUGAGAAACAUCCCCACUGCAUGAUUCUGCCACCACCAUGCUUCACCAUAGGAAUGGUGCUAGGUUUCCUCCAGAUGUGACGCUUGACAUUCAGGCCAAAGUGUUCAAUCUUGUUUUCAUCAGACCAGAGAAUCUUGUUUCUCAUGGUCUGAGAGUCUUUAGGUGCCUUUUGGCAAACUCCAAGCAGACUGUCAUGUGCAUUUUACUGGGGAGUGGCUUCCAUCUGGCCACUCUACCAUAAAGGCCUGAUGGUGGAGUGCUGCAGAGAUGGUUGUCCUCCUUGAAGGUUCUCCCAUCUCCAGAGGAACUCUCUAGCUCUAUCAGAGUGAUUAUCGGGUUCUUGGUCACCUCCUCCAAGGCCCUUCACCCCCAAUUGCUCAGUUUGGCCAGGCGGCCAGCUCAAGGAAGAGUCUUGGUGGUUCCAAACUUCUUCCGCUGAAGAAUGAUGGAGGCCUUCAACGCUGCAGACAUUUUUUGGCACCCUUCCCCAGAUCUGUGCCUCGACACAAUCCUGUCUCGGAGAUCUACCGACAAUUCCUUUGACCUCAUGGCUUGGUUUGUAAAUAAGGUAUAUAUGUUUUGUCAUGAAGUAUUGUGUGUAGAUUGCUGAGGAUGUUUUCUAUUUAAUACAUUUUAGAAUAAGGCUGUAAUGUAACAAAAUGUGGAAAAAGUCAAGGGGUCUGAAUACUUUUCGGAGGUACUGUAUAUAACUUUAAUGCUUUAGCCUUUAGCCCAAAAUCAAUGAAGUGGUCAGCUCACAGGAGACCGAUUAGGGAGCACCAAGGUUCUACUCAUCUAUCAUAGUGGCACGCCCUCUGUGAUAGUGAGUGGGAAGUUAGUCUGGAUAGGAAUUGAUUAAAGAAAAACAAAAAUGCAAUCUGCACUUAUGGAUUUUUGUAUUUAAAAUCUGUGCAUCAAUAAGUCUCUCAGGGAUUUGGAUCAUUGGUUCCAUUAUACAGGGUUAGUGUUGCUUUUUAAGGCUAGAAAAUUACUGAGCAGAGCAGUUUGUUUUUACACUAUAUACUGCAUAGUUAAAGUCUUUAUCUUUGGACACUGGCCUUAGUAAUGCAAAAUGAUGACAAAUUUAAGACGAAAGGGAAUGUAACAUGUGCUUUAUUUCUUAUUAAUGGAUAUUGUGUUCAAUUUAAUUAUUUGUGAAGCAAUAUCUGAAACAAGCCAACAUUUAGCAUAUAAUGGUGUAUAAGAAUCAUUACUAGUUAUCAUCGUACAUCUUCAAUCUAUUCCUGCUUGUGAUGCUCAAGGUCCAUAUUCACUAUAACCAUUUUAUAAAGUUGAGCUUUACUA